CAGUCGUUGUUGACCUGCGCGCGCGUCUCUUAGCCGGUUUCCCUAUUACACUUAUCCCUGCCCGCUCUCUGCGUGAUUCCACGGUGGUAUUUUACUCCCGUGUUAUCAUUGCUUAUCUGGGGAUUUGAUUGAUUUGUCUUAUUUUAUUUUAUUCCUUCCUCCCCCGUUUCCGAUGGCUGCGUCGUGGGUGUAACAUCCCCGGUAUACAUACUUUCAUACCAUACAUACGCUUACCUCCUACUGCUUUAGUGUCUCUUACUUAAUCCCUUUGACUUGACUGUCGACGGUCGUUUGGAGGCACUUUUCUCUUCGCCUUUUUUUUUGUUCUUUUCGUGUCUUUUUUAUUUUCUGGUUGAUACCCCGUUGCUUUUUGUGCCUGUAAUAUUAUUUGUUGUUUUUUAUGCUUGACUCGCAGUGACGACCAUGACUUCCAGACUCGAUCGUCUCGUCACAUUACUCGAGACUGGCAGCACGCCGGUUAUUCGCAACACAGCCGCCCAGCAACUGGCCGAUGUCCAGAAACAGCACCCAGAUGAGCUCUUCAACCUUCUAGGACGGAUCCUGCCAUAUCUCAGAUCCAAGUCAUGGGACACCCGGACAGCUUCCGCCAAGGCUAUCGGCCUGAUUGUCUCCAACGCAGAGGUCUUCGACCCUAACCAAGACGACGGCCAGGAGAUCAAAAAGGUGGAUGAGGAUGUGGACGAGGUUGAGAUCAAGUCAGAAGAUCAGUCGCCUACAGAUGAUGGGUUGUUUCGGUUAGAACGGUUGGAUCUUACUUCGAUUCUCAGAUACGGCCACCGGUUACUGGGCAGCGCGGGCAAGGAGUACGAGUGGUCAUUGGCGUCCAUGGAUCCGGCAACGCGGUUACAGCAUCAAAAGAAGACACUCACCUCCCGUUUGGGACUCGCGGGCGAGUAUAUCGAGGAGGACCUGAUUGACGAUAAUGAUCUUGUCAACAAGCCAGCAUUGACUCCCAAGAUUGAUACCUCUGUCCCUACCCUCCAUAGAGACAACAGUCUGCAGAGCGCCGUCGCAUCGCCCAGUGAAGCUGCCAACGGUGAAGAGCCCGGUCUGAGUAAACGGCAGCUGAACCAACUCAAACGGAAGAACAAGCAGAGUGCCAAAUUGGGAGCCAACAAAGUCCGUGUGGUUGACAUUUCGUCGUCCCGGAAGCCAUCAGAUAGUGCCCCUACCCCGACAGUGUCGACACCCCAUCCGAUCAAGUCCGAAAGCAACGGGGAGGAGAAGAAUGGCGACACCAAACCCGACUACUUCUCGCUCGAUCGAAGUGGCGAUGACGACGACUCGAAGAUCGUCACGGAGUUCAAAGGGGUCGAAACACCGGAGAAGCCUCUAUUGGAGCCGGAAUUGGUAGAGGAGGGUACCCCGGUUGGAUGGCCGUUUGAGCAUAUGUGCGAUUUCCUCAUGAUGGAUAUCUUUGAUCCGAAUUGGGAGGUCCGUCAUGGUGCAGCUGUGGGUCUCAGAGAGGUUGUUCGAGUCCAAGGAGCUGGUGCCGGGCGUUUUCAGGGCAAGAGCCGAGUUGAGAACGAUAUUCUGAAUCGGAAGUGGCUGGAUGAUUUGGCAUGUCGCCUUCUUUGCGUUCUUAUGCUCGACCGCUUUGGUGACUACAUUUCGGACAACGUCGUCGCUCCAAUUCGGGAAACCGUUGGUCAAACGCUGGGUGCGCUUUUGUCCCAAUUACCCCCGCGAUCCGUCGUCGCUGUUUACCAAUGCUUGUACCGGAUCAUUAUGCAAACCGAUGUGGGCCUCGAACGUCCCAUCUGGGAAGUCUGCCACGGUGGAAUGAUUGGUCUCAGGUACUUGGUGGCCGUCCGCAAAGACCUGCUCGUGAAGGAUUCCAAUCUUAUGGAUGGCAUUUUGCAAGCGGUUAUGAAAGGACUGGGCGAUUAUGAUGACGAUGUGCGUGCCGUCAGUGCAGCAACCCUCGUCCCGAUGGCGGAGGAAUUCGUCACCUCCCGCACAAGUUCGCUAGGAUUGUUGAUGAACAUCGUCUGGGACUGUCUUUCGAAUUUGCAGGACGAUCUUAGCGCCAGUACAGGUUCCGUGAUGGAUCUCCUGGCGAAGCUCUGCACAUUCCGUGAAGUCCUUGACGCCAUGAAAGCAAAUGCAGCCGACAACCCAGAAUCUUCCUUUGGCAAACUGGUUCCCCGUCUAUAUCCCUUCCUCCGCCACACGAUUACCAGCGUCCGUUCCGCUGUUCUCCGAGCCCUCAUGACAUUCUUGCAGCUGGAAGGUGAGGGCACAAAUGACUGGGUAGACGGCAAGGCACUCCGCCUGGUAUUCCAGAACUUGCUGGUCGAGCGCAACGAGGGUGUUCUAAAGCAAUCUCUCCAGGUCUGGUCGGAAUUGCUCAAGGCCCUUGAAACCCGUGGAUGCUUCAAGUCAGAGACAGAGCUGUCGAGUAGCAUUCAGCCCCUCGUCACAUUAACCAUGGGACCAUUUGGUGUUCCUCGAUACCCCAUUCCCAUGAACGCCUCGCUCUUCAUCAAACCCUCCGGCUUGCCUUACCCAAUGAGUGCUGCCGCUCCCGCCAAAUCGUCUCCAAGCUCGAACAACACAACUUCCGAACCAGGCAAAGGACGCAAACGCAAACUCGAAAAGAAAGACGCACCCCCGCCACCUCCAACGUCUUCAGCCCACAAUGUUGAUGGUCAUAUGCUGCAGGGUGAUAUCGACUUGGUCGGUGCGGAUACGAUGCUGCGGUCCAAAAUCUAUGCUUCCAAGGCUCUUGGCGAGCUGUUGUUCUUCUGGGAUAAGUCUCAGCUCUUCAGUCUGUGGCAGCCGGUCAUAGAAGGCCUGGAUAAUUCCGCUUCUACCUCGCAGCUCUCAGCAGCCAUGGUUGUGGAGGAGUAUGCGCGAUUCAUGGGACCGAGCAGCAAGUACACCGAAUCGAUAUGCGAGCGUGUCCGCCCGAUUGUCGAGGGAGAUCGCCCGGCGUGGUACAGUGAUGUCGCAUGCUACCUUCAUGUGGCGCGCGCUCAAUGUCACUCGCUUCUCAGUGCGUUCAGAGACCAUGCUCAUGUUCCGUCAUCGAAAUUGCCUGUUCUGGCGGUGAUCGUUCAGGGCGAUACCGAAGCCGGCCCGAGUGCUUUCUCUUUGGCUGAUGCGGAGCGGGUUAUCGGCCCUGAAUUUGAACGAUUGAAGAAGGGCUUGGCCCCUGCGCAGCGCAUUACGGCUCUCCAGGUUUUGAACGACACUCGCGCAACCACGGAGUCCGCUAUCAACGAGGCCAGGGAGAUCAGAGAACGGAGAGACCUGCGUAUCCGGGCUGCGGGUGCGGGCGCGCUGGUUGCACUUCGCGAUAUCCCCAAGAAGCCUGGUCAUAUCAUUAAGGGCAUGAUGGAUAGCGUGAAGAAGGAAGAAAAUGCCGAAUUACAGCAGCGCUCCGCCACCGCGGUCGCAUCCCUGGUCGAACACUAUACAAUGGCCGCAAAGCGCGGACCAGUCGACAAGGUCAUCGGAAACUUGGUCAAAUACUGCUGCGUCGACACUUCCGAAACCCCCGAAUUCCACCACCACGCACACCUCGAGAAAUCCAUUCUAUCCCUCCGCAAGGAAGAAGACCGACGCGACCACCCCGAUGCAGCCAAGUUCGAAAGAGAGGCCAAGGAAGCCAGGGUCAUGCGCAGAGGUGCAAAGGAAGCCCUCGAACAACUUACUGUCAACUUUGGUCCUGCACUUCUGGAGAAGGUUCCGAAUCUUGCAUCUUUGAUCGAACGGCCGUUGAGAGAUUCUCUUUCUGGGGAAUUUCCGCAGAACAUCCGCGAUCCGGAGAACGAACUUGGUCAGGAGGUUGUCGAUGGGUUGUCUACUCUUCGUGCUCUGCUGCCCAAGUUUGAUACUGGUCUUUACCCGUGGGUUAUCGAACUUCUGCCCAUCGUUGUCAAAGCGCUGCAAUGUGAAUUGUCGGUUAUUCGGUAUGCUGCUGCCAAGUGCUUCGCCACGGCGUGCAGUGUCAUGAACGUCGACGGUAUGACGAUGUUGGUUGAGAAGGUUCUUCCAUCUAUCAACAAUGCGUUCGAUGUACACCACCGACAAGGAGUGGUAGAAUGCAUCUAUCACCUUAUCCAUGUCAUGGAAGAUGGAAUCCUGCCUUAUGUUAUUUUCCUUGUUGUCCCUGUUCUCGGAAGGAUGAGCGAUUCCGAUAAUGAUGUGAGAUUGCUGGCUACAACAUCGUUCGCAACGCUGGUCAAGCUCGUUCCUCUCGAAGCGGGUAUCCCCGACCCCCCAGGUUUCUCUGAAGAAAUGCUCAAGGGACGUGAUCGGGAAAGAAAGUUCAUGGCACAGAUGCUGGAUGUCCGGAAGGUGGAGGAAUUCAAGGUCCCUGUCGCGAUCAAAGCAGAACUCAGACCCUACCAGCAAGAAGGUGUCAACUGGCUCGCGUUCCUCAACCGGUACAACCUCCACGGUAUUCUGUGUGACGACAUGGGUCUUGGCAAGACUCUGCAGACCAUUUGUAUCGUCGCUAGUGAUCACCACAUGAGAGCCGAGGAAUUCGAACGCACACAAGCAAAUGAUGCUAGGAAGUUGCCAUCUUUGAUUAUUUGUCCUCCGUCGCUGUCUGGUCACUGGCAGCAGGAGGUUAAGCAAUACGCUCCGUUCCUUAACUGUGUGGCUUACGUUGGACCUCCCGCGGAACGCUCGAGACUGCAAGGCGAACUCGCAAAAUCGGACGUCGUUGUGACUUCUUACGAUAUCUGCCGGAAUGACAACGACGUGCUCAAUCCGAUUACCUGGAACUACUGUGUUCUGGAUGAGGGUCACUUGAUCAAAAAUCCCAAGGCGAAGGUUACGUUGGCGCUGAAGCGUCUUACGAGCAACCACCGUUUGGUUCUUUCCGGAACUCCGAUCCAGAACAAUGUCUUGGAAUUGUGGUCGCUGUUCGAUUUCCUGAUGCCUGGGUUCUUGGGAACCGAGAAGGUCUUCUUGGAGCGGUUCGCGAAGCCUAUUUCUGCCAGUCGUUUCAGCAAAUCGUCCUCCAAGGAACAAGAGGCUGGAGCGCUGGCAAUCGAAGCCCUCCACAAGCAAGUCCUUCCGUUCUUACUCCGUCGUCUGAAGGAGGAAGUCCUGAACGAUCUACCUCCCAAGAUCAUCCAGAACUACUACUGCGACCCCAGUGAACUCCAAAAGAGACUCUUCGAAGACUUCACAAAGAAAGAACAAAGGGAACUCCAGCAAAAGGUCGGCAGCUCUGAAAAGAACGACAAGGAACACAUCUUCCAAGCCCUGCAGUACAUGCGCCGUCUCUGCAACUCUCCCGCUCUAGUCGUCAAAGAAGGCCACAAGCAAUACAACGAAGUCCAAACCUACCUCAACAAGAAACAAUCCCAAAUCCGCGACGUCUCCCACGCCCCCAAACUCGCUGCCCUCCGUGAUUUACUUACCGACUGCGGCAUCGGCAUCAACCCACCCACAGAAGGCGAACUCAGCACCGGCGCCAGCUACGUCAGCCCGCACCGCGCUCUCGUCUUCUGCCAGAUGAAAGAAAUGCUGGACAUAGUGCAGAGCGAAGUCUUCCGCAAACUCCUCCCAUCCGUGCAAUACCUCCGUUUGGACGGUAGUGUCGAGGCCACGAAGCGCCAGGACAUCGUGAACAAGUUCAACUCGGAUCCUAGUUACGAUGUGCUGCUGUUGACGACGAGCGUUGGUGGACUGGGAUUGAACCUGACGGGCGCUGAUACGGUGAUUUUUGUGGAACAUGAUUGGAAUCCGCAGAAGGAUAUCCAGGCCAUGGACCGUGCGCAUCGUAUCGGUCAGAAGAAGGUCGUCAAUGUCUACCGGUUGAUUACUCGUGGUACCCUCGAGGAGAAGAUUUUGAAUUUACAACGCUUCAAAAUCGACGUCGCCUCCACAGUCGUCAAUCAACAAAACGCCGGCCUCGGCUCCAUGGACACAGACCAACUCCUCGACCUCUUCAACCUCGGCGAAACAGCCGACCACGCCGAGAAGCCCUCCGCAGACACAACCACCACAGCGGCAGGCAACGAAGUCGACAUGGUUGAUAUUGACGGCGAGGUUAAAGAGAAGGGGAAGAAGGGGUGGUUGGAUGAUUUGGGCGAGUUGUGGGAUGAGAGGCAGUACCAGGAGGAGUAUAAUUUGGAUUCGUUUUUGGCGAGUAUGAAGGGGUGACCUACUCUUCGAGUGAGUGGAUGGGUUGAGCGAGGUGUUUGAGUUGAGAGGAAUGGAUGGGAAAUAGAGGAAGAAAAAAGAAAUGAUGUUUAUGAAACGAAUUGAGCUAAUUCUAAUACAGCCCCGAGUGGUGAGCGAGGGCAGGGGAACAGAACUACCAAAAAAAAAAAAAAAAA